AAAAUUACUUUACCUUUUCUCUCUUCUUCUUCCUCUUCACGAGUUUCUCGUUCACUCCCCCUCCCUCUCGACCUGUGGGCUGUGGAGAAGUACUCUUGAGCUUCUCCGUAGGCAGAUUUCCCGUGUUUCUCGUCGGUCCUUUCUUCUGUUCUGGUGUAUAAAAUCAGACGAAGUUGCGGAUAGAUCGGCUGAAGAGAUGACGAAGCUCGAGAAGAUGUCAUCCAUCGAUGCCCACAUGAGGCUUCUGGCCCCCGCCAAGGUCUCCGAGGAUGACAAAUUGGUCGAGUACGACGCCCUCCUCUUGGAUCGGUUCCUCGACAUCCUUCAAGAUCUCCACGGCGAGGGAAUCAGAGAGACGGUUCAAGAUUUGUACGAGUUGUCAGCUGAAUAUGAAGAGAAGCAAGAGUCUGAGAAGCUACUGGAGCUGGGAAAGGUUUUGACUAGUUUGGAUGCAGGCGACACUAUUGUGGUCACGAAAUCAUUCUCCCACAUGCUUAACUUGGCCAAUUUAGCUGAGGAGGUGCAGAUUGCCUAUCGUAGAAGGACCAAGCUGAAAAAGGGAGAUUUUGCGGAUGAAAAUUCUGCAAUUACUGAGUCAGACAUUGAGGAAACACUUAAGCGACUUGUGGUGCAGCUGAAUAAGUCAAAAGAAGAGGUAUUUGAUGCUCUUAAAAACCAGACAGUUGAUCUGGUUUUGACUGCACAUCCUACACAGUCAGUCAGAAGAUCCUUGCUUCAGAAGCAUGCAAGGAUAAGGAAUUGUCUGACCCAGUUGAAUGCUAUAGACAUUACCCCUGAUGACAAGCAGGAGCUUGACGAGGCUCUUCAGAGAGAGAUUCAAGCCGCCUUUAGAACGGAUGAAAUCCGAAGAACGCCUCCAACUCCUCAAGACGAAAUGCGUGCCGGAAUGAGCUAUUUCCAUGAAACCAUAUGGAAGGGCGUCCCUAAAUUCUUGCGGCGUGUGGAUACAGCACUAAAAAAUAUUGGGAUAAAUGAGCGUGUGCCCUAUAAUGCACCUAUUAUUCAGUUCUCAUCUUGGAUGGGUGGUGAUCGUGAUGGUAACCCAAGAGUCACUCCGGAAGUAACAAGAGAUGUAUGCUUGUUGGCCAGAAUGAUGGCUGCAAACCUGUACUACUCACAAAUCGAGGAUCUAAUGUUUGAAUUAUCUAUGUGGCGCUGCAAUACUGAACUUCGAGUGCGAGCUGAUGUACUACACCAGUCCUCAAAGAAGGAUGCAAAGCACUACAUAGAGUUCUGGAAACAAGUUCCUCCAAAUGAGCCUUACCGUGUCAUACUUAGUGAUGUGAGGGAUAAAUUGUACAACACACGUGAGCGCUCUCGCCAUUUACUUUCAAAUGGAUACUCCGACAUUCCUGAGGAAGCGACUUACACCAACAUUGAACAGUUUUUGGAACCUCUUGAACUCUGCUACCAUUCACUCUGUGACUGUGGCGACAGAGCAAUUGCUGAUGGGAGUCUUCUUGACUUUUUACGUCAAGUGUCAACCUUCGGUCUAUCCCUUGUCAGACUUGAUAUUAGGCAAGAAUCCGAUAGGCACACUGAUGUUGUUGAUGCCAUUACUAAGCACUUGGGAAUUGGAUCCUACCGUGAUUGGCCUGAGGAGCAACGCCAAGAAUGGCUGUUAUAUGAACUUAAUGGAAAACGACCUUUGUUUGGUCCUGACCUACCGAAAACGGAUGAAGUUGCUGAUGUUUUGGACACUUUCCAUGUCAUAGCAGAACUUCCUUCAGACAACUUUGGGGCUUAUAUCAUAUCAAUGGCAACUGCUCCAUCAGAUGUCUUGGCAGUUGAGCUGUUGCAACGUGAAUGUCAUGUGAAAUUUCCAUUACGAGUUGUCCCGCUGUUUGAAAAACUUGCAGAUCUUGAGGCUGCACCUUCUGCUUUAGCACGACUUUUCUCAAUAGAUUGGUACAGGAACAGGAUUAAUGGGAAGCAGGAAGUUAUGAUUGGGUAUUCAGAUUCCGGGAAGGACGCUGGGCGAUUUUCUGCAGCUUGGCAGUUAUAUAAAGCUCAAGAGGAGCUCAUAAAAGUUGCUAAUGAGCAUGGAGUGAAACUGACCAUGUUUCAUGGGCGAGGUGGCACUGUUGGAAGAGGUGGAGGUCCUACUCAUCUGGCUAUCCUGUCUCAGCCACCAGAUACGGUUCAUGGAUCUCUUCGAGUUACAGUUCAAGGUGAAGUUAUUGAGCAGUCUUUUGGAGAGGAACAUUUGUGCUUCAGGACAUUGCAACGUUUCACAGCUGCUACACUUGAACAUGGAAUGCAUCCCCCUAUCCCUCCAAAGUCAGAGUGGCGUGCUUUGAUGGACGAAAUGGCUGUUGUAGCUACCAAGGAAUAUCGAUCUAUUGUCUUCCAUGAACCACGUUUCGUCGAAUAUUUCCGCCUAGCUACACCAGAGCUGGAGUAUGGCAGGAUGAACAUUGGGAGCCGGCCAUCGAAACGGAAGCCCAGUGGUGGCAUCGAAUCACUCCGUGCAAUUCCUUGGAUUUUUGCAUGGACACAAACACGUUUUCAUCUACCAGUAUGGCUUGGUUUUGGUGCAGCAUUCAAGCAUGUCUUGCAAAAGGAUAUCAAGAAUCUUCAAACUCUUCAGCAGAUGUACAAUGAAUGGCCAUUUUUCAGGGUCACCAUCGACUUGGUUGAGAUGGUUUUUGCAAAGGGAGAUCCUGGAAUAGCUGCCCUGUAUGAUAAAUUGUUAGUUUCUGAAGAAUUGUGGAAAUUUGGGGAGCAACUCAGAACCAACUAUGAGGAAACAAAGCGUCUUCUUCUUCAGGUUGCUGGUCACAAAGAUCUGUUGGAAGGCAAUCCAUACUUGAAGCAGCGGUUACGACUGCGAGACGCGUACAUCACGACACUGAAUGCUUGCCAAGCAUACACCUUGAAGAGAAUCAGGGACCCGACUUACCAUGUUAAUGUGAGGCCUCAUGUCUCGAAGGAGAUUACAGAGUCCAAGCCGGCCGCAGAGCUGGUGAAGCUCAACCCGAGCAGCGAGUAUGCUCCUGGACUGGAGGACACCCUCAUCUUGACCAUGAAGGGCAUUGCUGCUGGAAUGCAGAACACUGGUUAAAUUCAUGAACUAGAUUAAUUACAUCCCAUAAAUAAGGCAUUGCAAACUUAAUUAUGACCGAUAAACUUUUCGGCAUCGUUGCCUGAUUAUGAAAGGUAAGAAGAAAUAAGCAAGCUGAUGGCAAACUUAAUCUUAUCAGCUGUGGAUAUGUUUCAUUCUUAUUUUGCAAAUAAUGAGCUUCUGUUUUUUUUUGUUUUU